AUGGCAGCUCCGGUAUACGUCACUAAAGCUUCGGAGCUUGAUGAUAGCACUGGUCAGACCCAAGGCAUGAUAAGAAAGGGAGCAAUUGUUGACCGAGGGCAAAUCUGCGCUUCUGUCAUGAUUGCCAAGCCACAUUCUGCAAGCGCAAUACAUACCCAUGGGGACCAAGAUACCAUUGUUUAUUCUCUUCGUGGAAAUGGUAGCAUAGUGUCAGAAGGGGGCACAAAGCGGGAAGACUUGAAGCCUGGUGAUUUCGCUUUGAUACCAGCUCACGCAGAACAUCAAGAAGUCAAUGACAGCUUGGCCAUCCUUGGCCUUUGUACUCCUGUUCCCCCUGCAGCCACCUACGAGUCAGGCAAUGGCAUUGCACCAUGGGCAGGCAGUGGACCGAAACCCAAGUCGUCAGCGCCGCAGGUAGCAUACAAGCUCCAAGCAGUUGCAGGAUCCUCUGCUGUCCCAGUCGGAGCGGUCAUCUCCGGUUGUACUCAGCCAGGCACUGUUGCAUUGACCUUUGAUGACGGACCAUAUAUCUACACUGCUCAAGUCCUCGACACUUUGAAAGCCGCCAAAAUCCACGCCACAUUCUUCGUCAACGGGGACAACUGGGCCAACAUAUUGUCCAAUGACAGUAAGGCGCUUGUCAAUCGAGAGCUUGCAGAAGGUCACCAAAUUGGCUCGCAUACCUGGGACCACAAAGAUCUCACAACUCUCGAUACGGCUGCCAUAACCAGCGAGAUGACUGACCUGGAAGACGCCCUCAUCUCCAUCAUCGGCAAGUACCCAGCCUACAUGCGCCCCCCAUACCUCUCGACCAACGAUUCAGUCCUGCAAACGCUUGGCGGUUUGGGCUACCAUGUCAUCAGUGCCAACAUCGACACCAAGGACUAUGAAAACGAUAGCGAGGCUGCCAUCCAGACGGCCGUACAAAAUUUCAAGACGGGAUUGGACCAGGGAGGCAGCAUCGAGUUGAGCCAUGACGUGCAUCAGUGGACUGCUAAGACGCUUGUUUCUGCCAUGAUUCAGGAGGUGCAAAAUAGGGGGCUUCAAGCUGUGACUGUCGGGGAAUGCUUGGGCGAUCCAGUGGAGAACUGGUACCGGACGCGUUGA